ACAAUGAAGAGAAGUGAAUCCAUUAAAUGCAUUCUAAUGCCAACGGAUUUUACAACAAUAAAACCAAAUAACACAGUGGAAAUUAAAAUAUUUGACACUAUUGAAGUUAUGGUAGUAAUUAACAUAACUGGAACAAUCUGCUUUUGGGAUUUUAAGAAAAAAAGGACACCAUGUACAUUCAACUGGGACAACAGAACAGUUACUUCUUUUAAAAUUUCUGAAGCUAGAGAGUAUGAUGCAGGAAGUUAUAUCCUCACAUUUGGAAAUGAAAGCAAAGCCUACUCAUUGCGAUUUACAGUAUAUGUAAAAGGCAAGCCAAGAAAACCAGUUUUCACAUUUUUUAAGAAUGGAAUGAAGAACUUUAUGAUAUGCACAGCAGAAAGCUAUCCAGCACCAACAGUUUACUGGUACUGUUAUCCUGAAAAUGACAGACCAUGUAAACAUUUACCAAUAGGAGCAAAAAAAGUAUUGGACUGCACCGCUGAAUCAUCUGAUGACUAUUUUGGAGCUACAAAAGUCAGUAGUAAAAUCGAUGCAGCACUUGUAAUGGCAAAUAACAUCUCAUGUUGUACAGAAAAUGGACUGGGAAUGGAAUGCACUACCAUUCACUCAUUAGGUAAUUAG